AUGAUGAAAAAGAGAGAACAUUCUCUGAAACAGUUUUCGGUCAACAUUCAAAUGCAGACGUGUGUCAUGUUUUUCCCUCACACGGUCAAGUACAUUAUGGUGGAAAAACCAAUUGAAGAUGACGCUCAAGAACUCGAUAAACCUCCCGAACCCGUGAUGGUAGAAAAAAGGGUGUGCGAGGUGGCCAACUCGUGUGCUACUAAGUACGAGGAACUUAUUGUUAUUGAAGCUAAAGAUGUGGAGUUGACGGAAGACAAUUUGAACGAGUUGUUUUUUAUGGAAAAAGAAUUUUUGGAAAGUUUUCCGAAAGAAUUGGUCGAUCAACUGUUGAGUAAAAAAGUGUACUCGGUAAUGUUGUCAAUGCCAACUAUAAAACAAGACACCGCAGCCCAAGAAGCCGUGCAGACAGAAGACGAAAAUCAGCCUGAGCCCAUCGACUUAAUGGGAGUAAUAGAGCAGAAGUUAAGCGCAAUAAUUUACGGCGACGGAACGCCAUUAUGCCCUAGUCCGAAUUCGCUUGCAGAUGUACAUAAGAAAGUAAAUAAAUCCGGACAAAUUUUACCAUCGAUUUAUACCCCAAGAAAUCCGUUGAGCAAAGCUUCGGCGCUGACCAUUUUGUUCAGCAAAUUCUGCCAAAACAAUGGAUACGUAGCACCCCUGCCACCUUCACCUCAGUACCUUGUCAUUUUCGAUAUCAACAAAUCCAACAUCGUGUUACCCAUCAUCGAGGAUCUUGAAGAAAAAGUCGUCUAUUACGGGUUUUUCCGUAGCGCCGAUCCCGAAAAACCCAAACUACUCUGCAAAGAUCCCGAAUUGUUAGCUACAUAUGGCAUGGACAGAGUUGGCAAAGACGCCAAAUUGGUGUUGUCUGUGCUCAUGGACGACAAGGAUAAGAGUCUGUUGCGGUUCGUUGACGUUGGGCCAAUUUACGUGAGUCCCGAUCACGAGGCGGGCAUCGACGAUGCUAUUAAGUUUUUCCCACACGACUUCGACGAGAUGGACGGCGAAGUAAAGUUGUGGCUAGUCCAGCAGGAGGUCCGAGACGAGGAAACUACGGGCGUGGACGUCUUGGGUGAAGGUGAAGAAGGAGUGAUGGAAGAAGAGAAUCCACCACCGGAUCAGCAACAGGAACCAGCGCAGCCGACCGUCGUCGGUUAA